CCCUCUCUCUCUCUCUCUCUCUCUCUCUCUCUGACUCUCUUUUCUUUUGUGAUUCUUUUAAAUUUUAUUUUCUUUACGAGCUAUUCAUAUGUACAUACAUCAUUGCAUCCUGUAAAAUCUCUGAUCACUGGUUCCCUUGAUGGUCGACACCGUAGUUCCGUUCAAUCAUUUUCAACACUCGGUAGUCAUAAUAAAGAGAAUAAAAAGAUGGGAACAAAGAGAAUUAAAAGAUAGUGGUUUCAGAGAAUUCUCAGAUUACCCAGUUUUUGUUGUUGUUGGUGAGUCUUUGUAGUUUUGGGGGUUUCAAGAAAUUCUCUCAAUUGGGUAUUUAAGCACACGCCCAUUUCAUACUUCUUUUGUGAUUUGUGAAGUAAUCUCUGGUGGUGCGUUUUUUUAAGGAUAAAUAUUUGUAGUCAGACAUAGAGGAAGCAACGAAUUUAUCGAUUACAUAAUUUUUAUUUUUUAUUUUUUCUGUUAGAGAUAUUUCUGUCAAAGGGAGAUAUUUAUAAAAGAAAUUCAAAAUUCUCUGUUUGGAACUCUGUUUUCUUUUGUAUUUCUGCAAUUUUAAUUUUAGUGUCUUUCAGUUUUAGGAAGCUGAUACUACUAGAUCAAAUUCCACUUCUUCCAAGUUAUAUUUACAAUUGCAAUUCAUGUUGUUGAGAAAUAUAUAUUCACUUUAGGAUUUUGGGUUUUUAACUUGAAAACCUUUCCUUUUGUGCAUUUGUGAAAUUAAUUAAAUUUGGUUGGAAAGAAAGAAAGAAGAUUUUUUAAGUUUCUACUAUCAGACCUUCAUCUUCUUCAAAUUCUACCUUCUUCUGCCAUUUGUAGGAAAUAUAGAUUCGUUGCAAUUAGGAAAUUUUAGGUACUUAACUGUAAUCUUUGGGCGUCCACAUCCUUGUUUUUGUCUCAAAUGCAUCUUGACUAAAUUGUGUUUUAAAUUCUUGUUGAUAUGGCUGAAAUCAGACUUCCAAGGUUAGAGCAGGGUCAAACCAAGAUAAAAAAUGUUCCAAUUGCUGUCACCCCAGAAGGAUUCUGGUGCUGCCCUUCUCCUGUUGUGUUUCAAAAGCCCCCCAAGAACCAAAAUCCUCUGAACAAUCCCAAACCAUCCCCACCAAUACCCAAGACCUCUUUUCAGAAGAAACAAACCCCAUUAACCAAGAAAAAGCCAACAUUGAUUCCAUCCCGACCAGGACUUGUUUCUGAUGAACAAAGAAAUCCCAGCUCUGAUACACCUGUUCUUAAUGCACCUGUAGUUAAUGAGAGAAUGCCACGGCCCAAGGUUGAAAAUUUUCCGAGGAAGGUGUCAAUUGAGUUUGGUGAACUGGGAACUAGUGAUUUGAAGGUAGUUUUGCUUGGCAAGCAGGGCUUUGCCGUGAGGUUGAGUGUGCACAAGAAUGUUCUUGUAGAAUAUAGCAGUUUUUUCGCAGACAGAUUGUUGGAGCAGCCGCCUGGUUUACCUGGUCUUGAAAUUGAUGAUUGUGAGGAUGUUGAAAUAUAUGUUGAAACUGUGGGACUGAUGUAUUGCAAAGAUUUGAAGCAGCGGUUGAUUAAGCAAAACGUUUCACGCGUUCUGCGUAUCCUCAAGGUUGCAGAACAGCUUGGGUUCAACUUAUGCAUAGAGUCAUGUUUGGAAUACUUGGAAGCAGUCCCUUGGGUUGGUGACGAAGAAGAGGAGAAAGUGGUUUCUUCAGUCCUGCGCCUUCGGGGGGAGGGUAUCGGGGUAACCCCAGUAUUGAAACGAGUGUCUUCCGAUGCUUCAAACCCUCCUAAAGACACAAUUUCUCACAUAUUAGAACUGGUGCUUAAGAGCAAUGAGGAGAGAGGCCGACGUGAGAUGAAAACUAUAGUUCUGAAGCUCCUCAGAGAGAACAACUCUCUUCCGAGUUCAUCAGGAUUGGCUGACAUUUGCAACCAAACAAUUUACAGCUCAUGCCAAAGCUGCUUGAAUUCACUGUUGUCUCUAUUUCAACAAGCCGCUGAACCUGAAUUUACAGAUAAACCCUUGGAUGGCAAAGAACCUGUGAUGAAGCAGAUGGCUCUAGAGGCUGAUAACCUCUCGUGGUUGCUUGACAUAUUAGCUGACAGGCAAGCAGCAGAUGAGUUUGCAGUAAUGUGGGCUAGCCAGCAAGAGUUGGCAUUACUUCAUCCAAAGCUUCCAAUCGUACCUCGCCACCACGUUAGCUGCAUUACGGCGAGACUGUUCAUCGGAAUAGGAAGAGGGGAGCUUCUGCCGUCAAAGGAUACUCGUCAUUUGUUGUUAAAAACGUGGUUACAGCCGUUAAUCAAUGAUUACAGCUGGUUACAACACGGGUGUAGGUCAUUUGACCGGAAGGUUGUGGAGGAAGGAAUUGGUAGGACGAUCCUCACACUGCCUAUGGAGGAUCAGCAGAGCAUCUUGCUUGGUUGGUUGGGGAGUUUUUUAAAGGCUGGCGAUAAUUGCCCUAAUCUUCAACGAGCGUUUGAGGUCUGGUGGCGGAGGACUUUCGUCAGACCUUAUGUUGACCAAGGGAAUAUGCUUUUGUCAGAGAGCUCGAUGGCAUUGAGAGAGUAGGCUAAUAAAAGUACUAAUGUGUCGGUGAGGGAAGUAUUUGAUGAAGUGCAUUAGAACUUGAAAGGAAAUUGGGGAGGACUAAGAUUAAGCUGGCCAUUCUGAUUGAAGUUAAAAGCGUGAAAUUUCUCUAUGGGAAUGUAACGUGAGGUGUGAGUAGAGUAGGAUUCUUUUCUUUUUUUUUUAAAUAUUGCUGAAUGCUGGUUGAAUGCUUGAUGUGGUGGAGAUUUGUGAUAGGAAUGUAAUAUCAAGAUCUUACUUUGCUUACGUGAAGUUCAUUUUGGUUCAUAGAUGUAUCAGUAUAAUUUAGAGACAGUUCAUGUCUCCUAAUUGAAAUUAAGUUAUGUGUCAA